UCCAUCCGGGUCCUGUAGCCUCGUUCCCGGGCUGUAUAAAGUUCGCCGGCCCCUUUGUUCGUUCUCAUUGCGUAGUUGCGUCUGUCCUCUCCUUGUCGUUUAGGCUGCUCCGGGGCCUGGGAGAUCGAAGGGGACUAGAACGCGUGCGUACAAAGCCGACUUUAGAGCGCGUGGUGGUGGCGGCGGGAAGCCGAAGCGGGUGAAGCCAGAAGUAGCCAGAGAGCCUUGCGCCCUCAUUUGCCCCUCCUGCCUAAUCGGUGCGUAGGAGAUGCCCAGCGGGAGGCUUUCGCUGCACUCCCCCCAGUUAGAAUAUAACAAAAUCAGAAUGGUUGAAGCAGAUCGUCCAGGGAAACUGUUCGUAGGUGGACUCAAUACAGAGACAAAUGAGAAGGCUCUUGAAGCUGUAUUUGGGAAAUAUGGGCGAAUAGUGGAAGUACUCCUGAUGAAAGAUCGGGAAACUAGCAAAUCCAGGGGGUUUGCUUUUAUCACCUUUGAAAGUCCUGCAGAUGCAAAGGAUGCUGCCAGAGACAUGAAUGGGAAGCUCCUAGAUGGAAAAUCAAUUAAAGUUGAACAAGCCACCAAACCAACAUUCGAGAGUGGUGGUAGGCGUGGGCCACCACCUCCACCAAGAAGCAGAGGCCCUCCAAGAGGCCUUAGAGGAGGAGGAAGAGGAGGAAGUGGUGGAGGAACAAGGGGGCCACCAUCACGUGGAGGACACAUGGACGAUAGCGGAUAUUCUCUUAACUUCAACAUGGGGUCUUCCAGGGGACCUCUUCCAGUAAAAAGAGGCCCACCACCACGUAGUGGUGGGGGUCCUCCACCUAAAAGAUCUGCACCUUCAGGGCCAGUGCGCAGCAGUAGUGGAAUGGGAGGAAGAGCUCCAGUAUCACGUGGGAGAGACAACUAUGGAGGUCCACCACGAAGAGACCCAAUGCCAUCUAGAAGAGAUGUUUAUAUGUCACCAAGAGAUGAUGGAUAUAAUACUAAAGACAGCUACUCAAGCAGAGAUUAUCAAAGUUCACGAGACAACCGAGACUAUGCUCCACCUCCAAGAGAUUAUGCAUACCGUGAUUAUGGUCAUUCCAGUUCACGUGAUGAAUAUCAAUCUAGAGGCUACAGUGAUCGUGAUGGCUAUGGUGGUCGUGAUAGAGACUAUUCAGAUCACCCCAGUGGAGGCUCCUACAGAGAUUCGUAUGAGAGUUAUGGUAACUCACGUAGUGCUCCACCUGCUCGAGGGCCCCCGCCAUCUUAUGGUGGAAGCAGUCGCUAUGAUGAUUACAGCAGAGAUGGAUAUGGUGGAAGCAGAGAAAGUUAUUCAAGCAGCCGAAGUGAUAUCUACUCAAGUGGUCGAGGAGAUCGUGUUGGCCGACAAGAUAGAGGGCUUCCCCCUUCUAUGGAUAGGGGAUACCCUCCUCCACGUGAUUCAUACAGCAGCUCAAGCCGCGGAGCACCAAGAGGUGGCCGUGGAGGAAGUCGAUCUGAUAGAGGAGGAGGCAGAAGCAGAUAUUAAAAAGAAAAACUUAAGUUUUUGGACCAAAACCCCCUUUCAAAAAAGCAAAGCAAAUGGAGCUUGUUCUAUCUUUACUACCAGAGGACUACUAAAAAGGAAACAAAAUUGUUUUUCCUUUUUUUAUUGCCUGUUAAGUUCCCCUCCAUGAUUUUUAUGCUUUUGUGAAGAACAAGUUAAAGCAAUGUUUAAUUUCAUUUCAGAUUUGUUUUUCUUUCCAAAAAACAGAUGUUAAAUGUGUGAAAUUUGAGCUCUGUGUACCAGUGUUGUAAGUUCCAAAGUAAAAGUUUCCCUGAAAAGCUACUUCCCAUCUGAUUUCCUGACAAUUGAGACAAGCAGUUCUUAAGACCUUCCACAAACAUCCAACCAUCUAAAAUGGAAAUGGAUCCUUCUACUUGUUCAAACCUAUCAUUCUAAACCAAUUAGCUGUUUUGGAGGGUGGUUGGGGGUUAUGCUGCUCCCUAAGAUUUCAGCUUGUCCUUCUUGAAACUGAAAUCUAUGCAAGAUUUCCCAGUAUAUCAGAUGCUUAGUGAGGAAAAAAUUCAGUAAAAAAAAAAUCAUUCAGUAAACGUGAAACCACAAAUGGAUAGUCAUGACUAUACUUUGCCUUUCUACCAUUUUCUUGUGAAUCUGCAAGACCAUCCCCCCCAAAUAAAAAAAGCAUUUACAUGUAUUAAACAACUACAGAAUUCUAAAUAAAAGGUUUGACUAGUUCCAACAACGAAGCUUCAAAAUGAUGCUUGCUCUUACUGUUUCAAAUUUUUGCAACUCUGUAGUGUCUCACUUUUAAAGGAACAGCUUGAUUCCAAAGGCAAAGGAGAAAAUAGAUAAGCAAAGAAGUUUAAUCUUCAACUUCUCAAAGGCUUAUGACUUCUAAAAACAAGUGACUCUUUCAGCAUUCCACUUCAGAUAUAAAGCAUCAAAUGCCUGUGAAACAGCAAAGAUGGCUGAUCAUUGCUGUCAGGAUUGCUGAUUUAAAUGCUGUUUCGGUUAUGUACUAGAGAUGGAGAAAGCAGCUAAUACAUAAGAGCUGCUACAGAAGCGGGAUGCUGAAAUGUCACUGGAAGUCAGAGUUGAUUUGGGUUCCAACUACAGUUUUUGCCUUGGAUGAUUUCUUGUGAACUGAGCUGAGCAAAGACAUCCGAUGUUGGCUACUAUUACCCUAACCCUAACAUACAGAGUCUUUAUUGGAAAUGUUAAAAGUUCAUGUAGAGAGCAAGCAAAAUUGUCAUUCUGGGCAACAGCUGAGCUGUUACAUGCCCCCAAGGCAGUAAGGUUUUGCAGUUUUGGGGGGGGAAUCAUGCUGGGUGUUUAAUUUGCCGUUUGAAUCCUUGAUCUUCUCAAACACCUGAAUGGUUGGAUUGAGGUUUGAAUAAAUGGAAGACAACUGGCUGACACAAUUGGGGUAGGAAGAAAUUCGUUACAUAAUGCUUAAAUGACAACUGAACCAUUCAGAUAUUACGUAUGUAAAAAGGUUUACCAUAAAAUCCCCAAAUUAGAAAAAUGAACUACUUUUAAGUUGCCCAACAGUAAUUAAGUGGUUGGGGGUGAGGUUUUUUGUUUUUGAACUGUUACAUUAUGUAAUGUCUCCCUAUAAAUUGGAAUUCUAGUAACUGAAACUAGCAGAAACAGGCAACUACUAGAAAAGGAGAUCAUGGAGGGAAAGACAUGACAUUCAAUUCAGUUUUGCCCCCUUUCCCUUAAGUACUUUGGAGUACUAUCUUACUGUAAAAAGAAGGGAAUUCAUAAGGGGUAGGAUUUUUUUCCAGAGCUCAGUAGUGAAACCUAAGGUUACAUUUAGGAAAAGCUUAAUCUACAUAUCAGUUUUUGGUUUUAUCUUUAUCAGGUUGUCUGCAACUAUGUUCUAAGUAUAUUGAUAUAACUCCUAUUUAGGCUGUGUCCAGAAGCUUAAAUAGCUACUUGACAGAAAUUUAUAGAUUUUGCUUACUGAUUUUUUCUGGUUCAUCCUACUUACAAACCUUAGCUUGCAUUAAUAUAGUGCUUUUGAGGGGGAGCACUAAUUCUUUUUUUAUACAUAUUAUAUAUAUAAGGAUUUUGAUUUCUUGAGUAGAGAUCUGUGUGGUAGUAGACCUUAGAAAAAGAAUGAAGCAGAUUUAACAGGAAGUUACUAACAAGUCUAGUUUAUGUAGUAAAGGAUAAAGAAUUGUAUAUCUUUCAAGGUAGGAAACUUGAGAAAGCAGAAUAGUUGGGUCCAGGUUUCUUUUUCACUGUUUGAUUCGAAAGGUCAGUCUUUGCAAUAACUGGAGGAAGUAAAGGAAAUGGAAAAUCUUUUUUGACUUUCAGGUUGACCACUGAGUAUUUGAAACAGGCUUGGCAGUUUCUAAUAGAACAAUGUAAUAAACGUGACUGUGCUAUCACUAGCUGGAAUGUUUGUGUUCAGAGCCUUUCAUCUCACUUUAUUAAAAGUGUUUAUAUUGUACAUUCUUGGUUUUAUUGAAUAAAUGUUUUCUCUGUU